CCCGCGCAUGUCCUGUCAUGCAGCUUAUCAUGUCGCCUCUACAGCUAUUGUGUUAAGGAAGGCUUAUUAUAUACAGUGUCGCCGGGACAGUGAUACGGGCGGACACAGACGCGGUGUGCAUCAACUUGGGUGUAGCAACAUGGCUCAUCAUCCUACGACCCGGGUAUAGCAACAUGUCUGCAGCUGCUGCCGCCGGGUGGAGCAAGAUGGUGGCGGGACGGUGAAGAUAUUCCGGGUGCGGUCUUCUCCCGGAGGCGGGGUUACACACGAGUAUCGCUGCGAGUCCCGCCCGGCCAGCUCCCGUGUCAGAGUGUGUACGGCGGCGGGGGACCGUCAUCCCGAGCGUCCCGGCGGCGGCUGGAAGAUGUCUGCUCUCUUGGCCUGGUUCUGGAACGAGCGCUUCUGGCUGCCGCAGAACGUCACCUGGGCGGACCUGGCCGAUGCGGAGACCGGGGAUCAGUACCCGCGGGCUGGGCACAUCCUCUACGCCUUCCCCACUGCGCUGGGCAUCUUCGCUCUCCGCCUGCUGUUCGAGAGGUUUAUUGCUAAGCCAUGUGCCCUCCAACUGGGUCUCCAGGGCAGUGGCCCACGCAACGCACAACCCAACGCCAUCCUAGAGAAAGUCUUCAUGUCCAUCACAAAGUGUCCCGAUGGGAAACACCUGGAGGGGCUAUCGAAGCAGUUGGACUGGGAUGCACGCAAGAUCCAGAGGUGGUUCAGGCAAAGGCGGAAUCAGGAUAAGCCAAGCUUAGUAACAAAGUUUUCUGAAAGCAUGUGGAGGUUUAUAUUUUACCUAUAUAUCUUUUCCUAUGGAUUAUGGUUUCUUUGGUCGACACCAUGGUUCUGGGAUACACGACAAUGCUGGUACAAUUACCCUUAUCAGCCGCUCACACUGGGUCUCUACUACUAUUAUAUACAGGAGCUGGCUUUUUACUGGUCCUUAAUGUUCUCCCAGUUUACAGAUAUCAAACGUAAGGAUUUCUUAAUCAUGUUUGUUCAUCAUUUGGCCACUGUUGGCCUCAUCUCGUUUUCCUAUGUCAAUAACAUGGUGCGUGUGGGGACCUUGGUCUUGUGCCUGCAUGACGCUUCCGAUUUCUUGCUGGAGGCAGCAAAAAUGACAAAUUAUGCAAAAUUCCAGAAGAUAUGUGACACUCUCUUUAUGGCGUUUGGGUUUGUGUUUGUUACCACGCGACUUUUGAUUUAUCCCAUAUGGAUCUUAAAUACAACUUUGUUUGAAAGCUGGGAGCUGAUUGGGCCCUAUCCCUCGUGGUGGCUGUUUAAUAGUCUCCUUUUAAUUUUACAAGUUCUUCACGUCGUCUGGUCCUGCCUCAUAAUUCGAAUAGCAUACAAGUCUCUGACAAAGGGAAAGGUUGGAACUGGAAAAUGUCACCCUUUGCCUGCCUUGAAAGACGAACGCAGUGAUAUAGAAAGCAGCUCAGAAGAGGAGGAUACGGCAUUAAAUGGCACCAAAUCAAUUCACAACACAUCCAGCAAUGGGUCGAACAGGGUGAAUGGUCAUGCUGCAAGUGGCCAAUGGGCUGAGGAGUAAAUGGGUGAACUACCUGGCAACAUGGUAAUAUGUUCCCUUUUGUAAGAGACAUGUCAUGAGACUUGGCCGCAGUCAUUCCUCACAAAAACCUGAACUGAGCCGCCCCUGGAGGGUGAAGCACAUCCUGCAUCGGACAACAGACAGAUUUUAUCCCAGCAAUUACUUGAGUUUGUUACCUUGGACCUGGAUGAGCACGCACUGGCUGCUGUAUAGCCUGACCUGAUACAUCUGCACCUUUCAUAAACUGUGCUGAAUACCCUCCCCACCAAUUAACCAUUUUUGAAGAGACUGCCGUUUGCUGUGGCAAGGAUGGUGGUCCAUGAGCCAAUAUAACACUUGGUAAUAGCUGUUUUGUUUAGUGGGUCCUGGUCUCCUUUUUAAAAGCGAUUUUGUUCUAUGUGGAUGAGAAUAGUCAGAGAGCACGCACAUAGUUGCGCCAGGUACAGCGGAUGGCGACCCCAUCACAUGCUGUGUGCGGAAACUGAUCCGGAGAGUGCGCCUUAAUGUCCUAUUUUAUAUCAUUGUUUACUUCAGUCUGUGAAAAAAAAUAAUAAAAAAAAGACACAAA